CUCUAUUAUUGAAACAUUUCUUCAGAUAAUUAGAGCAUUUUUUAAAACAAAAACUGUGUGUUAAAAUUGUGAGCAAACUGUUUAAGAAAAAAAAUUGUUCAAAAAAAAAAAAUUCAGUGAAUUUUUAAAAAAUUAAAAAAUUUUCUUUUUGUGUAUGAUAAAAAAAGAGAAGGAAAUUAAUUUCUUUAAGAAUGAAUAAAUUUGGAUCAUUGGCCGAUGGUUCUUUAUCAUUGAUAGGCAAUGCUUGUACCAAUUCACCAAUAGUAGGAAUGAUUGUUCAUCCAAAUCUUACAUCGAGUCAAAAUGUUGUCAGCCAAAAAUAUGAAUUGGGUGCACAUGGCUAUGGGAAAAAUAGUGUUAAAAUAUUGCACGUACGUCGCAAUGGUGAUUAUCAUCAUGAAAUUCGUGAAUACGAAGUUGACACACAUUUACGAUUGAAUACACAAAAAGAUUAUUUAAAUGGUGAUAAUCGUGAUAUAAUAGCGACUGAUAGUCAAAAAAAUACUGUUUAUUUAUUGGCAAAAAAAUAUGGCUUAAAAUCACCGGAAGAAUUUGGAAUUUUAAUAUGCGCCCAUUUUCUCGAUACUUAUAAGCACAUUGAGGAAGUUAAUGUCAAUGUCGAGGAAUAUCCCUGGAAUAGACAUCAAGUCAAUGGCGUGCCACACAAUCAUGCAUUUAUCUUAAGUCCUAUGGCCACGAGAUAUUGUCAAGUCACUCAACUCAGAAAUGAUAUGCCACGAAUUAGAGGUGGUUUAAAGGGUUUACGUGUUUUAAAAACAACACAAAGUUCAUUUACCGAUUUUAUUCAAGAUGAAUAUCGAACAUUGCCCGAUGCUAAUGAUCGAAUUUUCAGCACUGAAGUGCAAGCGUCGUGGGAUUUUUCAACGGCUUCCGAUGUAGAUUUUGACAAGGUGUGGCAUACCGUUAAGGAUUGUAUUCUUGAGAAUUUCGCAGGCCCACCUUACACUGGAAUUUACUCGCCAAGCGUUCAAAAUACUCUUUAUCUUGCCGAGAAACACGUGUUAGAUAAAGUUGAUCAGAUUUCGAGUAUCGAGAUGAGAAUGCCCAAUAAACAUUAUUUCGAAUUGGAUCUUUCGAAAUUUCCAAAAGUCAUUCAGGAAAAAAAUAAAGAAGUUUAUUUGCCAGUUGAUAAACCAUCAGGCAUUAUUUAUGCACAAUUAAAUAGAAAAAAUAUCAAAUCCAAACUUUGACAGAGAGGCAAUUUUAAUGUUUUUGUGGUCAGUAUUUUUUUUUAGAAAUUUUAUUAUUGUAUUAAAAAAAAAAGUAGGUUUAUUUAAAAAAAAAAAUUAAUUUAUGUACAAACUUUACAAUGAAAAAGAGAAAAAUAUUAUAUUUUUAAUAAAUGAAAAUAUUUUUAAAAAUUAA